CAGGAAAGUAUCUGGCUUCCUCAUGCAGUAACACUUAUUGUUAAAGACAGUGAGGUGAGCAGAAUCUCUGAGCGGCUGCUCCACAGGUGCAGUGUCACAAUGAGUAAGGCCCAGAAGAGCACAGGUGGAAGUACUGUCUUCUACAGACCAGCUGGAGUUGUGAAGGAAAUAAGAUCUGGAUACCUGUUCAAGUCUCCUCCUACAAAACGGUUGACGACAGAGAAAUCAUGGAAGAGGAGGUAUUUUGUGCUGUUCAAACUCAGUGAUCAGGAGCAUCACCUAAAGUAUUUCAGGAGUUCAGAGGAAAAGGACAGGCCACUUGGAGGGAUAGACUUGUCACAUAUUUCACUGUUGAAUGUGAGUCCUCAAAACCACCAGAAAUGGGGAUGGAUCCAGAAGAGCUUCAAGUGCCCUCCUUCCUGUGUGCUCUACAUCAGGGCUGCUGAGCGGGACUACUUCCUCGUCGCGGAGAACAGUGAUGAAGUGGACGGCUGGUUUGCUGACCUGUUUGAAGCCCUGAAAAACCGGCCACAUAAAUUUGUGAGUUCAGAGGAUAUGACUGAUGGGCAGCAAAUAAUUGAGGUUAUUUCAAAGCCCCUUACACGGAAAAAGAGUUCAGCUGUUGGGUGUGAAAAGGCAGCGAAAUAUAAAAUACGGUCCAUGUCAGAUCCAUCCUCAAAUGCUCUGGGUAACAGCACUGCAAAAUCAAAGCAGGAUGAAGUUUAUUCCAAAAGACGUGCAUCAGAGCCUGUGAAUCCAAUCUACGACUACCCGAGAUCCUACUUACAACAAGUACAAGUCAGGGAAAAUGGUUCAACCAAUGGCAACGCCGUGGAGUCACUAUAUGAAACGAUGCUGCAAGUUAGACAUAAUGGCCAGGUGGUUCAGGAAGUGGACCGUGAAGUUGAAGAGGUUACCGCUGGCAGUCUGAUGAGGACUGUUACUCAGGUCUUUGACAAACUGAAGACCCAGAUUUCCCCACUGCCUCCGUUCAGUGAGGAGGCAGACGCCGAAGACAGAGAAGAAACACACCCUUCGGACUUCAGCAGCAGCUCCAGUGACAACGGGGCCAUGUCUCCUGUACAGAUGCUGGAGAUUCACAAUGUGCAAAGCUCCACUGAGUGUCUUGAACCCAGCACCGCGGAGGAAAGAGAUAUUGAGGUCAAGCAGGCAGAUUUGAAAAAACACCUGACACUAACAGAAGUGGAUGGGAAACCAAGUGUGUCUGGGUGGACAGGCCAGCCACAGUCGGUGUGCCUGUUCCACAAAGGAGACCAGAUUCUGGCAAUUAAUGACUUGCACGUCGGCAGCAUGGAGGACUUCAACAUGUACAUCAGCAAGUCACUCAAGAAUGAGCUAAAGCUGACCAUCCUGCGUCAACCUGGAUGCCAUCCGCUGCAUUCCCAAAACUCUAUCUGCUGUGACUGACUGCAAAAUGACCAUUAGAGAUGAGACGCUCACUUCCACUAAUCUGCCUGGGUGUGUUUAAACAACUCUUUGAGGCACCUCCUGUCUACAGUCGGUGGGUUUGUACCACUUUAGACAACAGACAGUAUUUCCCCAAGGCCUGGUCAGUUCCUAUCGAUCUGUCCUUCUAAUAGUUUACUCGAUUUAAAAGUCUACAGGAGCUUUAAGUGAAGGUGAAAGGUAAACAAAUAUACUUAAGUUAGUUUACCAAUCUCAUACACUAUGACUCACAUUAUAUGUACAAAGAUAUUUGGUAUGUAAACAAUCACUUGCAGUCAGAGCAUGAUUUACGACUUCUUGAUUGUGUGUGGUAUUUGCUGUAAAUACUUGUUAUCAAAUGUUGUGAUUAGACCAUAUUUUCCCAUUAUUGGAGAGGGAUACACAAUGCACAGCAAGUUUUUUUUUUAAAUGUAAAGGGCCCCUGGAAAGUAAAGUGGAAAGUAAAGCCAAAUACUUUGGGACUGUACCUCAAGAAUGGUUGAAAAGAGAUGGAUGGCUGGUGACCUGGGAAAAGACUCCUACCAGGGAAUCAGGAGAGCCAACCUGUAAGUGCACAGAAGGAAAUUACAAUGGACAUUUACAAAAUGGAGAAGAAAAAAUUGGUUAAAUACAUUAUGCCCAUCAGGCCUGAUCCCAUUUUCACAGAUCAAUGAUUAUGGUGUAAAGAACAGACCACUCCCUACUUGUACAUAGUUUUUUUUUUUUUUUUUUUGUUUCUUUUUCCAUAUGUUUAUACCUUUGAUAAGUACUAUUAUGAGACUACUGGCAAACAUGGAUAUAUGAUUGAUGUAUCUGAAAGACAUCUUAUGGAAAUGUUUGAUGCUGAUGCCAAUAAAAAAAAAAUUACAAAAGGAAAAACAAAGUUGUGCUCAG